AUGUUUAUGAAAUCAUUACAAAGACAAGCCAUCAGGUUUAAUAGCACAGUUGCUAAAUCCACAGCAUCGAGAGCAUUGUCGAAUGCUUAUAUUGGAAAAAUAGAGUCAAGAUGGACUUCGUUACCAAAGGAAGAUCAGCAGACAUUAAUAGAGGAAUUGAAAGCAAGAAUGGAAUUGCCAUGGCAAGAAUUGACCCCAGCUGAAAAGAAGGCUGCAUACUACAUUUCUUUUGGUGAAUGGGGACCAAGAAGACCUUUAUAUGCUCCAGGUCAAAAAUCGCAAAUCUUUUGGCUUGUUGCAGGCACAGUUUUGGGAUCGAUUGCUGUGUUUGUUGGUUUGAAGGUGUUUGCCGAACCUGAAGCACCAAAGACCUUGAACAGAGAAUGGCAAGAAGCUUCUGAUGAAUACUUGAAAUCCAAGAAUGCCAAUCCUUUCACCGGUUACUCACAAAUCCAAUAA